UGUACGCUGUGUAUUCUGAUCUGCGGAUCAGCUGGGCGAAGCAAUAACAUCCCAAACCAUAUCUGCCGAAAAACACACACAGCUCGCAUACUGCGGCUCAAACGUCGUGUAACGCAGAACUUACACGUCGAUUUCUUCUAAGAAGAAAGACUUUUUUCAUAUUUUUCUUGUGAAUUUACUACCUCAUAUAAAAAGUAUACCUAAAGCUAUGCUUUAAGAUUUUUUUUUGUGUUUUUUUAUUGUGUGGUCGUCGCGUUUACAACUUGAAUAAUUUUGCAGGUAAGACAGAUCUUUGCACCACAACAACCAAGUGAGACCUUAUAUUGCACUGCGCCUUCUCUGAGACUACAAAAAAAGGCCAAUACGUCUGUGAUCGACCAGCCUUCCGUCACAUCACUGAAAAAAAAACCAACAACAUUAGUCACUAUAGUUAAUAAAAACGAAACAAAUAUUUCUAAGGCAGCUAUCCCUCAGGAAACACAAAACUUUGACCUUUGACCUCCGAGGCAGCCAUGUUCCAGCGGCUCAGCAGUCUGAUCUUUGGGAGCGAGGAAGAAGGUACUCCAGAACUAAAGGGACCAAAGCCCUGUGUGACUGAGGCUGAUGAAGAGGGAUGGCUCCUGGUCAAUCUGCCCGGCGAGGAUGGGCAAGAGGCAGUAUCAGUAGCACGCCCCUGUCCCCGCAGUGAAUGUCAUGCAUUUCCGAUAUGUGGCCCCUCUCCUCAUACCUGCAAAAAACGCAGGACUACUAGAGCAGGCAGGAGAGAGGCAGCACAUCCUUCCUCCCCUUCCAUCUGCUCUCCUCCUGAUCCCGCCUCCUUGUCUCACCUUGAGUCAUUAGAAGUGAAUGUGUUGUUAAGCGAGCGGGGCUCGAGCUCCUGUAGUGACUGCAGCAUGGAUGAGAGCUGGUUUGUCACCCCUCCCCCCUGUUUUACUGCAGAGGGAGCCACGGCAGAGGCUAGUCCCAUGGAAGACCUCCUCAUCGAGCACCCCAGCAUGUCUGUGUACGUCUCGGCUGGCCCCCUCCCUCCGAUGGAAGAGAGCACCACCAGCCUGGCCGGCAGUGUUAGCAGGAUGUCUGAAUCGGCAGUGCCCGCUGUGACCAGGAGCAGCAUGACCACACGAGUGACCCGAGGAGCGGCCGCACAGGCAGGUGCCCUAGCUAAAGUCACCCAGGUCUCCAGGGUCCAGAGGGCCAAAGCCCGCACUGAGCGUCGACACCUGGCACGCAAUCGCAUACAGCGCCAAAACCUUGUGCGUGAAAAGGUCCAACGGCGCACAUCCCACACCCGCAACUCCUUCCUGCACCAACCGUGCCAGCGCAACAUCUGCCACUGAGGCAUCAAAGUUUACAUUGAGGGCAUUAUUACACAUAGACACCCCAAGAAACCCAUACCUACCAAUGAAUCCCCCUCCUUCUCAAAUGCCCUCUAAAGUCCUCCCAUUGCUUUUACUCGUUUUACGUCCAUAAUGUUAUUAAGUUUCAUAUUAAUCUGGUUUGUCCUUGAGCACAAGCCAGUCUAUCUUUAUCCUCUUCUCACUCGUAUCUGGCAGGCAGGCCACCACAAAGCACAAUUACUCUGUCUAAGAUGAUCUGUAUAUUUGCUUAAAUGCCAUGUACCUCCUGUGUGUGUCCUUGUAACACCUUUCCCAAGUUAGGGAAAACGUUUCCCAAUCUGGGAGUAUAGCAGAUAAGGAGAGACAUGUAAACUCUGUACAACAUCCCUCUAAAGGCGCUUUUCCACUGCAUAGUACGGUACGGUUCGGCCCAGUACGCUUCGACUCGGCGCGGAACAGUUCGGCUCG